UUCAGACGGGAGAGACUGAGAGAGAAAGAGAGCAAGAGAUGGGGAAUCUGUCUGAGAAAGGUUAACAGGACUGAGUGAGCAGAGUGGGAGUGCAAAAAUGUAAAAGUGAGUAGGAGGGAAGAGAGCGAGAGAGAAAGAAAGAGAGAGGUGAGAAGGAGUGUCUGGUGAGCUCGUCUGGAUGCCUGUGCUCAUUCUGCUUUCUCACCUGCGGUGUGUGAGCAUGACACAGGACACACAGGUGUGUGUGUGUGGAGGGAUGACUGAUGGACAUGCAGCAUGAAGACUAGAGGCACAGGUGUGUGAAAGAGGCAACAUAUCACGAUGACCUCGAGUGUGUGACAGUUGCCAAGAGACUAAUGGCGGGUUUGACACACGAUCUCCGGACCAGCUCUAUCUCGGCAGAAGGCUAUGUAUUCUUGGAGUGAAUGACAGGCAAGGUGAGGCAAUGAGCUUCACAACAAGCCCGGCUCUGGUCCCACACAGGGACAGCCUCCCGUUUAAGAAGAGAGACCAAAGAGUGAGCUCCCCUCAGCAGCAGCAGCAGCAGCUGCUGCAAUGCGACGCCACAAACUUCAAGGCGCCCUAUCCGUACAAGAGCCACGCCGACAUAAAGACAAAGCACAUGGGUCUGUUUCGGCCUGUGCCGAGGCGGGUCACUGCCCUGUACCAACCCUGGAUGCAGGUACAACCCCCUCCCAGGCCCAAACAGCACACCCCGUCCGCCUUCAGAGAGCACCACGCCUGGGCAGAGUGGAGAGACUUCAGUCCUCUGCCUCCCGGAUGGGACUUUUCCCAUCAGUACCAACUGCAGAACCAUUUAUCCGGAGCAAGGGCUCUCCACUCUGGAUAUCCACAAUAUGUCUCUAGAUUCAGCGCAGGGUCUCUGGUGUCCGAGGGCAUCCAGAGGGGGAGCGGAGGCUGGGAGAGGCUCAAAGUGUUAAAAGACAAAACCUAUGGCCCUCACAAAGGACCGUACGCGAGGAGAGGUGAAAGAAGAACUGAUGAUUUGCACAGAGCUGAAAAAGGAGGCGCUUACCUACCUCAAUCCAUGCACGAGGACAACACUUUGAAGCACAGUUCGUUGUUCAACGCAACAAAAAUUACAUCUGGACAAUCCCUCAGGAGAGUUUCCCCCAACAGCCUAAAGGGCACAAGCACUCCCAUGAAAGAAAAGCAGAGAUCUCCCGUGGUGCCCCCGUCUGCUCCCACCGACCCUAACCGCUUUCCCUGGCUGCUUCCCCACUUCGUCGCCGGGUCUCUGAUUGAGCUCAGAGACGGCCGGUUGAGGAGAGUGGAGAACCUGCAAACCGAGGACUUCCUGCUCGGCUCUCUGGCCUGUCCGGACCUGCGCCUGAGCUGCUGCACGGUGCAGAGCAUCUCCCCCUCGGCCGCCUCCUCCUCCGUCUCCCGCCUCCUCAUCCUGCUUCACGAGCAGCAGUCCCAGGAGCUGGUGGAUGUGUACGCGGAGUACCCUUUCUUUGUGCGCGGGCAGGGCUGGUCAUCCUGCAGCCCCCAGAGGACGGCCCGUCUCUGCGGCCUGCAGUGCCGCCAGCUCAGUGUGGGAGACGUCUGCUUGGCCCUCACGCCCGUGUCCGCUCCCGAGCCGCUGCCAUCAGACUCCCCACAGCCGAAAACUGGCCCCAAAGAACCCGAGGACGGUCACGAUUCCCCAGAGGCAAACGCUGCGCUGUGCAGCCAGGUUCUACCUGAACUGAAGGAGCAGGGAAUGGGGACGAAGGCGUCCCGCAGGAGGCACUGUUCGGCCCCGUGAGAUUCAACCACUAGGGACGCCGUUUUUCAAAAGAUAUAUGGUGCCUUGCAAAAGCAUUCACACCUUUUGAACUUUUUGACACUUUGGCACAUUAAAACCACAAAUUUCAGAGUAAUGUCCUGGUGACUGAUCAAUACAAAGUAGCACAAAACUGAAAGGUGGAAAGAAAAUGGUAACUUUUUUUAGGGGAAAAAAUGUAUAGGAAUAGUUUUAGUGCACUGUACUUUUUACUUUUACAAGUAAUAUGAACUAUUGCUACUCUUACUUGAUUAGAUUUAUUUUGCAUAUAAAGAAACUGACUUCAGAGGUAGGAAAUUUUUAGAUUUCUGCAACGUCUGAGCUAACAUUUAUGCUAAUCUGAGCAUAAUUACUCAGCAUUGUCUUAUUGUUUAAAUUAAGUCCUCGUUUUACUGUGUCCCCCAGCAAAAUUCCUCUGGAGCACCAACACCGGUUCCAGCCCAGGGGCCCACAUCCUUGUAAAUCUGGCCCCAGUGGCAACACUUGGAAAUUGCUGAUCAUAGCCAGUCUGGCUGAGCUUUAGCUGUUCUCAUAAGAAUAAUUGUUCAAAAUUUGCAAAGAUGGAAGAGACAUGGUCCAAAAAACUUUCAGCUAUAAUUGUAGCAAAACCUUCUGAGAGUUUUAUUUCUAAAAAAACAACAACAUGGAAACCAUGAACAUUUCUUUUUGGUCCACCACACAAACUCUUAAGAAAAGGCAUUUGUGGUUGUAACGUGACAAAAAUCGUAAAAGUUUCAGGGGUGGGAACGGUCUUGUAAGGCACUGUAGGUCUGGGAUUUCUUUGGAUUUGUUCUGUGAAAAGCGUCUCGUCUUUCUACCUCCUGGAUCAUGCUUCUGUGCUUGACUUGUCAUCUUUAUUGGCUUUUAAGUAGUCUCAGCUAAAGAGGACAGCUACAGUGAGCUAACCUCUCAGGGUUAAAGGUUAUGUAAUAUGUCGUGAAGUGAUAACAGAGAACCAAAGCAGGAACUGACGUCGCCUUGGUGAGUUGCACUGUUCAGAUUUAAACUCCUUUUUCUUGCGAUUCUGACGAUAUCUGCUCCUUCGUGGGAUUUCUGCCUCUCAGGUCUUUCACUGAAGUUCAACUCUCUACUGCCAAAUAACAUGUGAACCAACUGAUUCUGUACUGCAACACUUGUAAAGCUUCGUUCUACCUCUCUCUUCAAUGUAGGAUCUGCGUGGGCUGUCGUGACACGAUGGAAGCACCAAGCAGAGAUACUUUUUUUUUUUUUCUGGUUCUUUCAAGUUGAAACUGUGUAAAAAAACAAAACACCCAAAUCAUUUUUAAUGGGAUGAAAUUAAAGAGUGAAUCACGUGACUUCA